AUGGAGGUUCCGGCAGGCAUGCGCAAGAAGUGGCUCAGCGUCCCCAAGAAAGCUCCACAGACCGGGAGGCGCGGAUCCACGCACAAGGGAAAAGCCGUUGCGUCGCGGGCCCAACGCAGCUCCCGUGACGAGAGUGAGAGGUCUGACACGGCGCUGCGUGCGGGGCCCAGCCGCAAGCGCCGUCGGCGCACCUCUGAUACUACGUCUUUCGUACCGUCCGAUGCUUCGCGCUCGCCCGCGAGCGUUCGGCCCACCAGUAGGAAUGAAAGUGUCGACGAGUUGGACGAGGAUGCGGACGGGGGCACAGGUGCGGUAGGAGUCACCGCCACGGACGAGGACGAGAUCGACGGUGAGGACGAUAGUGCCGAGGAUGACACGGAGGAUAGCGAAGCGGAGAAAGAGGCAAAUGAUCGCGAGGUUAGGGCCGAGCCGGAGCUCACUCGCAAAUGGCUCAGCAAGCCGCGAAGGAGCACGGGGAUGGACCGGUACGAGCUCGCGGCUGAAGAAGCCAGUCUCGCGACAGACCGCAGCAAGCUCGCCUUGGAGAUUGCGAAGGCCGGCGGGGACAAUGCGCAUUACGCCGCCAACAAGGUAGAGGCGGCGGAGCGCAGGGUUGCUAUUCUCGAGCGCAAGGUCGCAAAGCUCGAGAGCGACCUUGAGGACAGCAACCAGCGCACCGCGACGCUCGAGUCCCGCCUCGCGAAGCUCUCGAAGGACGUCAGGAAGAUGCGGAAGUGA